AUGGAAAAAGUACUUUGUGACUAUGCCCUCUCCUCAGACGACGAGUCGGAAGAUAAAUGUGGUUCUAAUGAAGCAGAACAAGCAGCGAGUAAUUUAUUAAGUCAAACAGUCGACAUCAUCGGGGUCGAUGAACGUCCAGACGUUUAUCGCGAUGAAUCUGAAGUUCUCCGGGACGCGCUGUUGCAGGGCAUUCGCGGAAGUAAUGAACGGCAAAAGGAUCAUGAUGACAUGCCUUCCACUUCUUGGUCAAAUACGACAGAGUAUCGUUCUCUCGAUAAAGAAGUCGACCUACAGGCAGAUAAAAGGGUUGCUAACGUCGAAGAGGAAAAUAUGCAUUCUUCUAAAACACGUUCAAAUAAGGAGGAGGAAAAGGACCGUGCUUUAGCUGAACAAACAUCGCCGCAUCACUACCAUCACGACUCAAGGCGGAACCGAUCAACUCGAAAUGGCGAUAAGACGUCCAGUGCCAGCCGAGAACGACACUUGUCAUCUCACUCAGAUCGCGAACCCGCGGACCGGCAGGAAUGGCGUGGCCAUCACCACCACUAUCAUGGUGAGCUCGGCAGGCACAGGAGUCGCGAGUACGAUCAUCAUUAUCGAGGUCAUCACUCAAGGCACGGCCGUCGCCGCGAACGAGAACUGGAGAAGAUUGAGAGCGUGCGCAAGCGAACUGGCAUUGCGUUACCUGAAUACUACAAUCCGUCGAAGAUCGACCCGGAAAGGUACGCGGAACAGACCAAGAAACGAAAGCUUCUGUGGCAUGGCUCUGAAGAGAAGAACCUGGACCAGCAGUAUGAGCUCGCUCGGAGGACAACUCACACCCACCGUGGAAUGGGUUUAGGAUUUACCUCGGCGUCGGGCGGUGGCUACAUGUGA